AUGAUAAGACCAAUAGUUAAAGAUUCAAAAUUUUAUGAAUUAUAUUAAAAAAUAAAAAGGAAAAUUUUAAUUGUAAUAGUAUUAUUAAUUAUAAUGAUAGUAGUAUGGUCAGAAGAUGGCUAUGAUUAAAUUAAAGCAUGGAAAGAAAGAAUAUAAUUUAAAUAAGAUUAUGAGAAAUAUAGUAAAUGAUUCAAUAGGUUGA